AUGAAAAAGCACGUGAACUCAACAAGAAAAUAUUUGCAAAUAUGUACUAUGCUGCAUUGGACGAAUCAUGCAAUCUAGCACGUGAGCAUGGUUCGUAUGAUAAUUACAAAGGGUCACCUGUAUCAAAGGGUAUCUUACAGUAUGAUAUGUGUGAUAGUGAUCCAUGUUCGGGACUUGAUUGGGAUUCUUUGAAGCAAAGAAUCAAAAAAUAUGGGGUUCAAAACUCUUUGUUAAUCGCCCUAAUGCCAACCGCAUCAACAUCCCAAUGUGUUGGCACAGGGUACAGCAAAGGACCAUUUCCUGAUGAAUCGAAUCUGAUGUUCAGAGAAACUACCGGGGAAAUAUUAGAUAAUAAUGGUAGUGUUCAGAAUAUAAAAGAGUUUCCAGAAGAGAUGAAAGCAAUAUACAAGACUGCUUUCGAGUAUUCAUAUAAGACAGUUAUCGACCAUGCAGUUG